AUGUCGGUCAAGUUCGAGAAGGAUACGAUCAAGCAGACCAGCGGCGUUGCCGCGGCGCUGCCCGCGAUGAAGUCCAUCAGGCACGAACUCGCAGACGAGAUCGGUACGGCGUUGACCGGAGGCAAGAGCAGUGUUGGACAGAAGGGCUACCUGGCGGCGUACCUGAAGCAGCUGCAGACGAAUCCGCUCCGCACCAAGAUGUUGACGUCUGGCACGCUCUCCGCCUUGCAGGAGCUCCUGGCCUCGUGGAUCGCGAAGGAUAUCACCAAGGGCGGCGGCUACUUCACCAUCCGCGUACCCAAGAUGGCAGCAUACGGAGCCUUCAUCAGCGCGCCGCUGGGCCACUUCCUCAUCAGUGUCCUCCAGAAGGUCUUUGCAGGCCGCACGAGCUUGAAAGCCAAGGUCCUCCAGAUCCUGUUCAGCAAUUUGAUUAUCGCACCCAUCCAGAACAGCGUCUACCUGAUCUCCAUGGCGCUCAUCGCCGGGGCCAAGACCUUCCACCAAGUGCUCGCCACCUGGAAAGCCGGCUUCUUCCCCGUCAUGAAGGUCAGCUGGGUCACGUCGCCCCUGGCCCUGGCCUUCGCCCAGAAGUUCCUCCCCGAGCACACCUGGGUGCCCUUCUUCAACAUCCUGGCCUUCUUCAUCGGCACCUACGUCAACUCGGUCACCAAGAAGAAGCGCCUCGCUGCCCUCCGCAAGAGGCACUUUGACGAGAACCGGAGAACCGACGAGGGCUACGGCGGCCCAAAGUACUAG